GACAAUGAAACAAAUGAUCUUGUGAAUGAUCUCCGAGAAAGGUAAGGCAGAAACGUAGGUUGUUCAUGCAAUGUUGAAUAAGUUAAAUCAUGGUAUUAUAGAUUAGAUGAUUACACUGAGUCAAUUGACUGUAAUUAUGUUAAAUGUGCUUCAAAAUGUUUUCCCGCUGCUGCUGUUGCUGCUCUUUCAUCAAAUAAACGUCGUCGCUUUUCAACGCAGAGCACAUCGUUUAUUAUAAUGAAAAGGGUCUUGAGAUUUUUUUUCGUACUUUAUUGGCACGUAAGGUACACCUGCUGGCUUUAGAGUGAACUCAGCAGUGAAGACCCAGCAGUGUUUGGAAGUAUCGUCCAAUGUACAACUGGCGCGUACUUUAACUUAAUUGCCUGUAAAUUACUGAAGUCAGCUUUCAUAAUAACUUUAAUAAGUUGCACCAUUGUGUUUAUUUUCUCCAGCAAUGGCGAGUUUUUUUAGAAGAUUUCAUACGGCUGAUUUCGUACAACGGACCGUGUGUUCGCCUCGGUUGUAGUUUCUUCCUGGCUACGGCCCUGCAUGCUCGGUUUAAUCUAUAAAUUGGGUUAUAUCUCAUUUUAGUGAUAAAAAUUUGCAAGAUGAAGAUAAACAGGAUGAAAACCCAAACAAAGAUAUAAACAACAAGAAUGAGAACGAUGAAGAUGAAGAUGAGGAAGGAGCCUAUGAUAUGGAGCCAGAAGACGACGACGAUGAGGAAUUUGAGAACGAAGAUGGGAAAGAAAACGCUUUGGCUAAUCCAGAAUACGAGUCUUCAGAUCCUGCUUUGCCUAUUGUGCCUUUUCUAGCAAAGCGUCUCAUCCGUGCUCGCCGUAUAAUACGUGGAAUUCGACGUUUACGCCGACGAAGACGAAGCCGCCGCCGGUCUUCGCGUGGUCGAAAACGACGCUCCCGUGGGUAAGGCAGAAAUGAAGCUCGUGUAAUGUUGAAUAGGUUAAAAAGAUAGAAUAUAUGUAAGAGAUUAAGAGGGUAUCUCUCCAGUCUUUGUUAUUAUUAUUUUUUUUAACCCAGAGAACUUUGUUGAUUCUGAGAAGGUGUUUGAGACUUUGUUUCGUGGUUUUUCGACUCAUAAAUUACACACUUGUUGGCUAUAGAGUGCACUUAAAACCGGUUGCUGUUCAUCUUUGGAUUUAUCGUUCACUAUAGAUCUUGCACGUACUGUUAAUUGCCGGUAAAUUACUGUAGUCAGUUUUGAUAAUAGCUUCAAUAAGGUGCCACCAGUGUGAUUAUUUUCAGCAAGACGACUUAUUUUGCGUAGAUGCAGGGUUUAAUCUGUAAAUGCGGUUAAAUCUCACUUUAGUGAUGAAACAUUGCAAGAUGAAGAUAUGGGGCCAGAAGACAACGAUGAUGAGGAAUUGGAAAACGAAGAUGGGAAAGAAAACGCUUUGACCAAUCCAGAAAACGAGUCUUCAGAUCCUGCUUUGCCUAUUGUGCCUUUUCUAGCAAAGCGUCUCAUCCGUGCUCGCCGUAUAAUACGUGGAAUUCGACGUUUACGCCGACGAAGACGAAGCCGCCGCCGGUCUUCGCGUGGUCGAAAACGACGCUCCCGUGGGUAAGGCAGAAAUGAAGCUCGUGUAAUGUUGAAUAGGUUAAAAAGAUAGAAUAUAUGUAAGAGAUUAAGAGGGUAUCUCUCCAGUCUUUCUCAGUGGUACGAGUAUCUUAAAUCUGCUUUUAAAUUUUUACAGCCUGCUGCGGAUGUUGUUGUUUUUGUUAAAAAAACGUCGUUGUUGUUAUUUUUUUUUUUAACCCAGAGAACUUUGUUGAUUCUGAGAAGGUGUUUGAGACUUUGUUUCGUGGUUUAUCGACUCAUAAAUUACACACUUGUUGGCUAUAGAGUGCACUUAAAACCGGUUGCUGUUCAUCUUUGGAUUUAUCGUUCACUAUAGAUCUUUCACGUACUGUUAAUUGCCGAUAAAUUACUGUAGUCAGUUUUGAUAAUAACUUCAAUAAGGUGUCACCAGUGUGAUUAUUUUCAGCAAGACGACUUAUUUUGCGUAGAUGCAGGGUUUAAUCUGUAAAUGCGGUUAAAUCUCACUUUAGUGAUGAAACAUUGCAAGAUGAAGAUACACAGGAUGAAAAUCCAAACAAAGAUAUAAGCAACGAAAGUGAGAACGAUGAAGAAGACGAUGAAGAAGGCGCCUAUGAUAUGGGGUCAGAAGACAACGAUGAUGAGGAAUUGGAAAACGAAGAUGGGAAAGAAAACGCUUUGACCAAUCCAGAAAACGAGUCUUCAGAUCCUAUUUUCCGCAGAAUCGUACGUAUUGGUCGCCGAGUAGUUCGACGUUUCCGCCGACGUAGAAGCCGUCGCGGGUCCUCGCGUCGUCGAAGAAGACGCUAUCGUGGGUAAGCCAGAAACGUGGCUCGUGUAACGUUGAAUAGGUUAAAAAAAUAGAUUUUAUGUAUGAGAUUAAGAGGGUAACUCUUCAGUCUUUCUAAGUGGUACGAGUAUGUUAAAUCUGCUUUUAGAUUUUUACAGUCUGCUGCUGAUGUUGCUGUUUUUCUUAAAGAAACGUCGUUGUUAUUAUUUUUUUAACCCAGAGGACUUUGUUGAUUAUAUGAGAAAGUGUUUGGGACUUUGUUUCGUGGUUUAUCGACACAUAAAUUACACACUUGUUGGCUAUAGAGUGCAGUUAAAACCAGCUGCUCUACAUCUUUGGAUUUAUCGUUCACUAUAGAGCUUGCGCGUACUGUUAAUUGCCGGUAAAUUACUGUACUCAGUUUUGAUAAUAACUUCAAUAAAGUGCCACCAGUGUGAUUAUUUUUAGCAAGACGACUUAUUUUGCGUAGAUGCAGGGUUUAAUCUGUAAAUGCGGUUAAAUCUCACUUUAGUGAUGAAACAUUGCAAGAUGAAGAUAUGGGGCCAGAAGACAACGAUGGUGAGGAAUUGGAGAACGAAGAU